AUGAUGCUAAAAGCAUCCCAGGAUGAUCUUGUUCAAUGCAAGGUCUGUUAUCCUCCCUCUUCACCUCACAAGUAUCAUCAACCUGGCAGGCUUUUUCUUGGAUUUCUUGUGUCACAGACCAUAAUUGUUUCCAGUGAGACAGCCUUCACUAAAGAACCCGAAUUAUCAUUGAUUGAAGAGCUUGCUGUACUGACAAAAAACUACCAGCAUAUUCUUGCCUUGGAAUUUGCAAUAAAAGAAGUGAAUGAAGAUCCUCAGAUCUUGCCCAAUGUUACCUUGGGCUUCCAGAUCUAUGACAGCUAUUUCAGUGCAAAGUGGACCUUUUAUUCCACAAUGCAGUUUAUCUCCUUGUCUGAGAGAUUUGUCCCCAAUUACAGAUGUAACCUGCAGAAUACUCUAAGUGGAGUAAUAGGAGGGCUUGAUCCCCAAAUCUCCCUUUAUAUGGCAACUAUUCUGGAUCUCUACAAGAUUCCACAGCUCAUAUAUGGCUGUGCUCCAGUGAUGAAGGAUAAAACCCCAGGGCUUUUCUUUUACCAGAUGGCCCCAAAAGAAACCAUUCAAAAUACUGGGAUCCUCUCUUUACUUCUGCAUUUUGGAUGGGUGUGGAUUGGUGUCCUAACUGUAGACGAUGACAAUGGCGAAAGAUUUGUGGAUAACGUGCUGCCGAUAUUUUAUGAGCGUGGCAUCUGUUUUGCCUUCAUAGAAACAGCUCCCAGGAUAAAUUUGGUCACUGACGUUAAAUAUGAGCUGGAAAGAGGGGCAAGAAUAUAUAACAAAAUCAUGGGAAGCAACGCCAAUGCACUGGUAGUGUAUGGAGAAUCUUAUUUCAUAGUAUCUUUGAGAUGGUUGCCAUAUGUCUCUGAAUUAGAACAGGUAACAACUACACUUAAAGGUAAAGUGUGGAUAAUGACAGCCGAGAUAGAGUUUGUUUCACUUGCUUUUCAAAGGACUUGGAAAUCAGGCAUGUUCCACGGUGCCAUUGCUUUCACAACUCAUUCUGAUGACCUAUCAGAAUUUCCGCAAUUUGUUGAAAAUAAAAAGCCUUCCAACAAUAAGCAAGAUGGUUUCAUGAGAGACUUCUGGCAGCACGCCUUUGACUGUCUGUUUCCAGAGACAGUUUUGCAUGAAUCGGAUGAUAAGAUUUGCACAGAAGAAGAGAAGCUGGACAGCCUUCCUGAGGCUUUCUUUGAAAUGAGGAUGACUGGCCAUAGCUACAGCAUCUACAAUGCUGUCUAUACUGUAGCCUAUGCUUUACACGCCAUGUCCUUAUCCAGACUUGGUCCCAGAGCAGUGGUGGAUGGAAGAGGAUUAAAGUUUCUUCAACAAGAUUUGUGGGUGCUCCAUCACUAUUUAAGAAGUGUCUCAUUUAACAAUAGUGCUGGAGACGAGGUUUCCUUUGACCAGAAUGGGGAGUUAGUGGCUGGCUUUGAUGUUGUCAACUGGGUCAUUUCUUCGAACCAAUCCUUUGCUAGAGUGAAGGUUGGGACAUUGGAUCCCAAAGCUGUCGGAGAUCAAGCCUUCACCAUCAACGAGAAUGCCAUAGUGUGGAACACUUGGUUUAAUGAGGUACAACCUAUUUCACGAUGUCAGGACAUUUGCUAUCCUGGAUAUAGGAAGAAAAUGAAGGAAGGGGAGCCAUUUUGUUGCUAUGACUGCAUCUCCUGUCCAGAAGGGAAGGUUUCUGACCAAGAGGACAUGAAUGAUUGUUAUCAGUGCAGAGAUGAAUACUAUCCAAAUAUAAAACAAGAUCUGUGUAUUCCAAGGAGUAUAAGCUACCUGUCUUAUCAAGAACCUCUGGGGAUCAGUUUAUCAUUUUCUGCUGUUUCUCUGUGCUUGAUCACAGCCUUGGUGCUGGGAAUAUUUAUAAAACACCACACCACUCCCAUUGUCAAAGCCAACAACCAGGACCUCAGUUAUACUCUCCUCAUCUCUCUCCUCUUUUGCUUUCUUUGUACUUUCUUGUUCAUAGGCCAGCCUCAGAAAAUGAUGUGUCUUCUCCGACAACCUGCUUUUGGCAUUGUCUUCUCAGUGGCUGUUUCUUGUGUGUUGGCAAAAACCAUCACUGUGGUUCUGGCUUUUAUGGCCACUGAACCAGGAUCCCGGAUCAGGAAAUGGGUGGGGAAAAGACUGGCCAACUCCAUUGUUUUUUUCUGCUCCCUUAUUCAGGCUGGUAUUUGCACGGUAUGGCUGGUCUUCUUCCCUCCAUUCCCUAAUGCUGACAUGCAUUUCAUACCAGAGGCAAUUGUACUGGAAUGUAACGAGAGAUCCCCUGUCAUGUUUUACUGUGUCUUGGGCUAUAUGGGUUUCCUGGCUCUUGUCAGCUUCACUGUGGCUUUUCUUGCCCGAAAUUUACCAGAUAGUUUCAAUGAAGCCAAGUUCAUCAGUUUCAGCAUGUUGGUCUUUUGUAGUGUUUGGAUAUCCUUUAUUCCAACUUACUUGAGCACCAAGGGCAAAAACAUGGCAGCAACAGAGAUCUUUGCUAUUCUAGCGUCUAGUACUGGGUUGCUGAGUUUCAACUUUUUCCCUAAAUGCUUUAUAAUAUUAUUUAGACCUGAACUAAACAGGAAGGAACAUGUAUUAAGUGGAAAUCUUUAA